AUGGGCAAGAUCAGUCUGAAACGGGCGAUCGAGCUGGAUGUGGUCGACUUCGCGGAGCACACGAGUGCUCACGGCAUCCCGAGGGCUUACGUGUCGACCGGAUGGAGACGUUACAUGUGGCUGCUCUGCUUCCUUUCCUGUCUCUCUUGCUUCGUCCACCAGGCGUAUCUCAUUGUGAAUCGGUUCAACAGGCACGUUCUUCUCCAUUCUCCUCUCUCGGAGCAUCCACCUCCAUUUUCAGAAAUGACAUAAUUGUGGGUGUAGAGAUCAAGUUCGAAGAGAUCAAAUUCCCGGCGGUCACUAUUUGUAACAUGAAUCCGUACAAGAAUUCAGCGGCGCGCGAGCUGGGAGCCAUCAGAAAUGCAGUAGGUUUUUUGGGUGAAACGGGAAAUUAUUCGGUUUUCACUCAGUUGGAAGCGUUCGAAAUGGCAAUUGAUAAAAGCGACGGGAAUGCACAUUCGAGGAAAAAGAGAGCGACGAAUUCGAAAAUGAUUUCGAUCGAUCUGAUGUGCAAAGAUGAGCGCGGAAUGCUAAUGGCUCACGAGUUCGGACACGUGGAAUGUGUAUGCAUUCUCUUUUGAUCUUCUGAUCAUUUUCCACUUUACAGACCUGCGCGACUUUUGAUGAUUCUGAUGUCGCUGACGAUGAUGGCCAAAUGUUUUGGAACUGUCAUUCUCGGACGGAAUGGAGCCAUAAGGUCUGCCACGUGGCAGAAGAACACAAUCAAUUGAAGACUUGCAAAUGCCACGAAGACGUUUGCAUCGAGGAUGGAACUACAGUAAGACCGCAUUGACAGAGAUGGAAAACGUGACGUCAUUGUAGAGACAGAUGACGUGGCCCCUUCAGAUGACGAGAAACGGCACGAAACUAUGCGUUUCUCCAGAAGCGGGAAGUCCCAGAUACUGUGCGCAGGCUCAGAAAUUCGAAAUGACCACGUGUCGCAACUGUGAUUGGUUCGGAAAAUGUGAACAAUCUGACGGGAUGGAAGAAUCCGAAGAGAACAGUGUCUGCAUCUGCCAUCAUGGAAACUGUUUCAAAACGAGAAACGUGGUGAAAGUAGGUAAUGAUAUACUGAUCCAGCUGAGGGAAUGUUCCAGAAACGGAAGCGACGAACUCCCGAGAAGCGAGUCCACGAACGUCUUCUGAGUAGAUAUGAAGGGCUCCUGGCAGUGUACUCCCACUGUAACUGCACAAAACAACAAGGAUGCGUCUCCACUUCAGUCGGUCACUCAUCCCGAUCCCUUCCCAGUUUGUUCGUUUCAGGUCCCCGAAUCCGAACUCGAGAACUCCAACAAAACGUGUCUCUGCUUCUACAACAAGAAGAACGAGCAAGUUUGGCCGUGCUACAAACAAGUGGACUGGGAAGAGCGGAAGUGCAGCAGGCAGGCCCCCCCCCCCCUUUCCAAACUCUUUGAACUCUGAAUUCCUUCAGAUGCAACACUCUCGGCGACUGCGUCUACACUGAAAAGCCGAAAAAGAAGACGAUUUCGUGUUUGUGCGCCACGCCGAUUCGAAUGUGCGUUCGAAUUGAUCCGCCGCAAACGAACAUGACGACGCUAGGUUGAGGAUUACGGGAAACCGGGAAAUAUUACCAAAGAGUUCAGAUGAUCGUCUGGUCAAGUUCUGGGACAUUCAGCCGUCCACGACGAUGUCUCCGAUUGUGAAGAAGAAAGAGGAAAGAGAUAAAGCAUAUGGAUAUUCGGUAGAAAACGGAGAACGGGCAGGAUGAGAAGAAUCAGAAGUUGCAGGGCGUGAAAGAUCGAAUUGCUCUUCGAGCCAAGGCAAUGGAGAACAUUAUCUUUGCUGUGGACGCAUUGACGGAAGAGCAGAAGUGGAAAAUCUCUUACAAUAAGUCAGAUUUCAUCAUGAAGUGUUCGUUCAACGGAAAAGAGUGUAAUGUGAAACAGUAAGAAAGGCGUAUCGCGUGACGUUGCAAUCGUAAAGCUUUCAGUGACUUUGUGGAAUAUCUCGAUCCGACGUACGGAGCAUGCUUCACAUACGGACAGAAACUGGGAAACAUCACAAAUGAGAGAUCCGGUCCCGCAUACGGUUGCCGCCUUCCCACACACGCAUUCCUCAUCUUUUAGUUCAGGAUUGCGUCUGGAAGUGUUCGUGAACAUCACUGAGUACCUGCCAACGACAGAAGCCGCGGGCGUCCGAUUGACAGUUCACGCGACCGAUGAGCAGCCGUUCCCGGACACCCUCGGCUUCUCCGCGCCCACUGGCUUCGUCAGCAGUUUCGGUAUCAAAUUGGUAAGUGACAAAGUGAUACUCGCAGAAAAGGCGAAUGUUUAGAAGUCAAUGAUAAGGCUUCCCGCGCCGUACGGAGACUGUGUGAAAGAGGGCAAAACGGAGGACUUCAUUUACACGCACAAGGAGUAUAACACGGAAGGAUGCCAGCGGAGUUGCAUUCAGAAGCAUCUCUCGCAGACGUGCGGAUGUGGAGAUCCCCGGUUCCCUCCGUACCGAGAAUCUAAAAACUGUCCUGUUGACGAUCCGUACAAAAGUAAGCCAGAAAUACCAUUGAAAUUGAAAUGUUUUUAAAUGUUUCAGGAGGCUGCAUAAAGAAAGAGAUGCACGUGGCAACGAGAGAUUCAAAGAAAUUGGGAUGUUCCUGCAAACAGCCCUGCAAGUGAGUCAUCUUCCGAUUCAGUUUCUUUCUAUUCAUCCCAUUUGCAGCCAAGACGUCUACUCGGUUUCUUAUUCGGCUUCUCGGUGGCCGGCAAUUGCGGGAGACUUAUCAGGAUGUCCAUUGGGAAUGGCUGCUCAUCAUUGUCUCCACUACAAAAGGUGAGUGCUUUCCGGGACUUCAAGAAUGACCGAAUGCGCAGAGAGCAAGGUGCAAUGAUAGAAGUUUAUUUCGAGCAACUCAACUACGAAUCGCUUUUGGAAUCCGAAGCCUACGGCUGGUCGAACCUUCUGUCCGACUUUGGAGGGCAACUCGGUCUCUGGAUGGGAGUCAGUGUGAUCACCAUCGGAGAAGUGAGUCCCACCCCUGUUCCCCUUGACAGAAAUCCGUCUCAGGUGGCGUGCUUCUUCUUCGAAAUGUUCAUUUCGGUGUUCAGUUCGAAACGGGUUAAACGUCGUCCGGCCCGCAAAUCGUUCAGUUCUUCGCUCCGAUGCUCCACAGACUACAACUUGAACAAAGACGGGUUCAAUCUUGAUAACUGA